GUCUUUGUUAUGGUCUGGCGUAUAUAUAAGAGUCUGAAGCCCUGCCAUGCAUGCACAAUAGCUCCCAUUAAUCUUCAUUCUGCCCGCUAACAAAAUCAACCAUGAACAUUAAAUUGGCUACGGCCUUAAUACUUUGGUCUGUAAUUUACAGGAGCAAGAGCAACGCCAUUGAUCCAUGUGCAUCUCAAGCAGAUGACACCGAUCUCAACGUAAUUCCCAUCUACGGAAAAUGCUCACCUUUCAACCCACCCAAAACAGACUCAUGGGAAAACAGAGUCAUCAACAUGGCUUCCAAAGACCCAGCCCGAAUGAACUACCUAUCCACAUUACUAGCCCAAAAAACCAUCUCCUCAGCCCCAAUUGCUUCGGGCCAGGCCUUCAACAUUGGCAACUACGUUGUCCGUGUCAAAAUCGGAACACCAGGUCAACUCUUCUUCAUGGUCCUUGACACAAGCACCGACGAGGCCUUUGCCCCUUGCUCCGGUUGCAUCGGCUGCUCUUCCACCACUUUUUCCCCAAAUUCCUCCACCAGUUACGGCCCAUUGGACUGUUCCGUUCCACAAUGUGGUCAGGUCCGUGGGUUUUCAUGCCCAGCUACGGGCUCAGGCGCGUGUUCUUUCAACCAAACUUACGCGGGUUCUUCUUUCUCUGCUACACUCAUUCAAGAUUCGCUUAGAUUAUCCACCGAUGUUAUUCCCACUUACUCUUUCGGUUGCAUUAGCGCCAUAUCCGGUUCUUCAAUUCCAGCCCAAGGACUUUUGGGCUUGGGCCGUGGCCCAUUAUCUUUGUUAUCCCAAUCCGGUUCACUUUACUCUGGUGUUUUUUCUUACUGUCUACCUAGUUUUAAAUCUUAUUACUUUUCCGGGUCACUUAAACUAGGACCCGUGGGUCAACCCAAGAGUAUUCGGACCACACCUCUUCUACGCAAUCCUCACCGUCCAUCUCUUUAUUAUGUUAAUCUUACUGGAAUUAGCGUGGGGCGUGUUCAUGUUCCUUUGCCAUACGAGUUUCUUGCAUUCGACCCGAAUACUGGAUCCGGAACAAUAAUUGACUCGGGUACGGUGAUAACCCGUUUUGUGGAACCGGUUUAUAAUGCCGUGAGGGAUGAGUUUAGGAAACAAGUGACGGGUCCGUUUUCGAGCUUGGGAGCAUUCGACACGUGUUUUGUAAAGACGUAUGAAACAUUGGCACCGGCAAUUACGUUGCGUUUUACGGAUUUGAAUUUGACGCUGCCAAUGGAGAAUAGUUUGAUUCAUAGCAGUUCGGGGUCGUUGGCUUGUCUUGCUAUGGCUGCGGCACCAAGUAAUGUGAAUUCUGUGUUGAAUGUCAUCGCUAAUUUUCAGCAACAGAAUUUGAGGGUUUUGUUUGAUACCGUCAAUAAUAAGGUUGGAAUUGCCCGUGAGCUUUGUAACUAGCUAGUAGCUACCUACCUACUUUCUUGCAUGGUAACAUUUUAAUUACUUAUAUUUAGCUGAGUUUGGAUCUUUUGUUUGUUGUUAAGGUGAAUAAAUGUAAAAUGUAUUUUCUUUAUUAGUGUGAUCGUUACCGCAAAGGGGAUCGAUCAUUUUGAUUAUCCAACUGGUCUCGUAUUUGGACAAAUGUUCUAUUAUAAUUUUCUUUAGUGGUCAGUUCUAUAGUGCGAAAUCAAUCUAGUGCAUUGUGGCAUGUGAGUUUGAUAUUAUUAUAUGAUGAUGAAGACCUACGGGCAACCCGUGAUAGUCCUUUUAAUUA